UGGUAAGCUAUUACGUAAAAUUGUAAAACGAAAACAGAUAUUCAACGACCAUCGCAAUAGAAACUUGGACAUUGUCAACUAAACAGCAAUGAUUGAGAAAGUUUUCUUGAGGUGUGGAAAACAUAUGUACUCUCGAAAUGUAUUACAACAGGUUCAACAAUUUUAUAAUAGUCCAACUACCAAUAUCAAAAUUGGUACGAGCAUCAAUGCAGGUGAUCCAUCUUUCUUAGGAAUUCAAACCAGUUUUUCCAGUGAAUUAAAGUUCAUUAAUAAAGAAUGCUAUGAUUCUUUACCAUUAUUUAGAAUCUUAGACUCAUCCAAACAUGUACGAUUACCUGAAGAUUUCAAGUUAGAUGAGCAAACUUUUAUUAGAAUGUAUCGAAAAAUGAUUACUCUGAAUAUAAUGGACAAAAUUCUCUAUGAAUCUCAACGGCAAGGACGUAUAUCAUUUUAUAUGACCAAUACAGGGGAAGAGUAUCGGGAAGCUGGUGUCUUGUUAUGGCGUGGCCAUUCUAUCAGGGAUUUCAUGAAUCAAUGCUAUGGUAAUCACAAGGAUACUUCAAAAGGAAGGCAAAUGCCUGUUCAUUAUGGAUCAAAAAAAUUGAAUUUUGUUACUAUUUCAUCUCCCUUGACAACACAAUUACCUCAAGCUGUAGGUACUGCAUAUGCAUUUAAACGAUCUAGAAAAGGGGUAUGUGUCGUAUGUUACUUUGGUGAAGGAGCUGCUAGUGAAGGAGAUGCUCAUGCAGCUUUCAAUUUUGCAGCAACUUUGGAGUGUCCAAUUGUUUUUGUGUGUCGGAAUAAUGGUUAUGCAAUUUCAACACCUUCUUUAGAACAAUUUAAAGGGGAUGGAAUUGCAGCAAGAGGUCCAGCUUAUGGGAUAUACACAAUUCGCGUAGAUGGUAAUGAUAUUCUUGCCAUGUACUAUGCAACAAGAGCUGCUCGCGAACUUUGCAUCAUGGAAGGAAAACCUGUUUUAAUCGAAGCGAUGAGUUAUCGAAUUGGUCACCACAGUACUUCCGAUGAUAGUACUGCAUAUCGAUCGAUUAACGAAAUAGAUCAAUGGAAACAUCAUACACCAAUAAUCAGAUAUCGUGAUUAUUUGGAAUCAGUUGGUCUGUGGUGUGAGCAGCGAGAACAGGAAUUAAAUAAAUGCGUAAAAAAUUCUGUUUUACUUGCUUUUGCAAAAGCAGAAAAAGAACUUAAACCAUGUUGGAAAGAGUUAUUCACAGACAUAUAUCAUACAAUGCCAAAGCAUAUACGUAAACAGAUGUGCUCAAUGGAGGAUCAUGUUACAGAAUUUCACAAAUAUUAUCCAUUACACCUUUUCAAACAAACAUAA